CCUUUUAUUGUAAACAACAAAGUUUGGCGGGAAAAAUUCUUAGGUGAUAUUGUGUUACUCUCUGUCCUUAUUUUAGCUUCAUUUUUAUCGUUAUAUCCCGGUGGUAACCUAUAAGUAAAGGCACCAUGUCCUCUCCGGGCCGUCGAAGUGCACGCUCAACACCGAGCAAGCAGAGUGACACAAGUGAACUGGUCCCCUUGCCUCCUUCAUCACCCGGGUCAGAACUUCUACCACCUACGUCCCCGGCUCCACCACGCUUGCAAACUCUUCAUGAAAUGGAUUUAAGCUCUCCUUUGAACUAUGGAACACCCAGCAGUGUCGGAUCAUCAGUACGUACUCCUCGUUCUGGUGUCCGAGGAACACCUAUCCGUCAUCGAUCUGAUAUCCGUUCUGAUCGUCGUAUCAGACAGGUGAACAUCUCCACGGACCCUGCCAGUGAGUCUAAUGCCGAGGGAGCCGCUGCUACAUCAGCUCCACCUGGGGGCUCAGCACAGACAGAGGGACCACAAGGGCCCCAGCUGGUCAUCUGGGGUACAGAUGUUGUUGUUUCGGAGUGUAAGGAUAAGUUUAAGGCUUUUGUUCUACGCUUUGUGGAGCCAGAUGUAGGAAAUGAUGAACGAGUUGAGGGCAUGAACACCGAUGAACCACUGUAUCUGCAGAAGUUGGAGGAGAUACACACUUUGGAGGAGCCUUUCCUCAACAUCAACUGUUCUCACCUCCACCAGUAUGACUCAGACCUGUACCGCCAGCUGGUCUGCUACCCUCAGGAAGUAAUCCCCACAUUUGACAUGGCUAUCAAUGAGAUGUUCUUUGAGCGUUACCCGGAUACUAUUCUGGAACACCAGAUCCAAGUGCGGCCCUUCAAUGCUGAUAAGACCAAGAACAUGCGUGCGCUGAAUCCUGAAGACAUCGACCAACUCAUCACCAUCUCCGGUAUGGUCAUUCGCACAUCGAACAUCAUACCAGAGAUGCGCGAGGCGUUCUUCCGUUGCCAUGUCUGUUCCUUCACAAUCACCGUUGAGAUUGACCGCGGCCGUAUUGCUGAGCCAACCUUGUGCACAUUCUGUAACACAACCCACACCUUCACAUUAAUUCACAAUCGCUCACAGUUUUCUGACAAACAGAUGAUCAAACUGCAAGAGAGUCCAGACGACAUGCCCCCUGGCCAAACACCUCACACUGUGCUCGUCUAUGCCCACAAUGACCUCGUUGAUGCUGUCCAGCCUGGUGAUCGCGUCACUGUCACUGGUAUCUACAGAGCUACCCCCAUGCGGUUGAAUCCUCGAAUGCGUAAUCUGAAGAGCGUUUACAAGACACACAUAGAUGUUGUUCAUUUCCGGAAAGUGGACAACAAAAGACUUCACGGGCAGGAAGAAGGAGAAACCCCACGCUUCCCAGCUGAGCGAAUUGAAUUGUUGAAAGAACUGUCCCAUAAGCCUGAUAUCUAUGAACGUCUGGCUCGUGCAAUUGCUCCCUCCAUCUAUGAAAAUGAAGACAUCAAGAAAGGUAUCUUGCUGCAACUGUUUGGUGGCACGAGGAAAGACUUCACAAAUGCUGGCCGAGGACAUUUCAGGUCUGAGGUGAAUAUUCUUCUGUGUGGUGACCCUGGUACAUCAAAGUCCCAGCUGUUGCAGUAUGUGUACAACCUGGUGCCUCGGUCACAGUACACCAGCGGCAAGGGUUCUUCGGCUGUUGGUCUGACAGCGUACAUCACCAAAGAUCCAGAAAGCCGCCAGUUGGUGUUGCAGACGGGUGCUCUUGUGCUGGCUGACAAUGGUGUAUGCUGUAUUGAUGAAUUUGACAAGAUGAGUGACUCCACGAGAUCAGUGCUUCAUGAAGUGAUGGAACAGCAGACUCUCAGUAUUGCUAAGGCAGGAAUCAUCUGUCAGCUUAAUGCUAGAACAUCUGUCUUGGCUGCUGCCAACCCUGUUGAGUCACAGUGGAACAAGAACAAGACCAUCAUAGACAACAUAGAACUUCCUCACACCCUCCUCUCACGUUUUGACCUCAUCUUCCUCAUCUUGGAUCCCCAAGAUGAGCUGUAUGAUCGUCGACUGGCACGCCAUCUUGUAUCUCUGUAUUAUCGCUCAGAGGCUAUGAGUGAGGAAGAAAUGUUGGACAUGGGUAUUCUCAGAGAUUACUUGGCAUAUGCUCGAGAAUAUGUCCACCCAAAGCUUUCUGAAGACGCUUCACAGCGCCUUAUCUCAGCAUAUGUUGACAUGCGUAAGGUAGGCAGUGGCCGCGGACAGGUGACUGCCUAUCCUCGUCAGCUAGAGUCUCUGAUCCGGUUGGCUGAGGCACAUGCUAAAGUCCGUCUGUCUUACAUGGUGGAGGUGGCUGAUGUGGAGGAAGCAUGGAGAUUACAUCGUGAGGCCCUCAAGCAGUCUGCCACUGACCCAAUGUCUGGCAAGAUUGAUGUCAGCAUUCUGACAACUGGCAUGAGUUCUGCAGCUCGCAAACGACGUGUUGAACUUGCUCAGUCUCUCAAAAAGUUGAUUCUGACUAAGGGCAAGGUGAUGACCCUCAACUUCCAGAAGAUGUUCCAAGAAAUGAAAGAAUCAUCAGACUUGAUGAUCACACGUGAGAUGUUUGAAGAUGCCCUCCGUGAUCUACAAGAUGAUGAGUUCCUCACUGUCACUGGCAAGUCCACCAUUCGUAUCAUUCACUGAUAACUCAAGAAAUGUACGCAUUUAUAAACUCCAGCCUUCUUCAGUAAAUGAGUAUAGUGUUUGAUGAGGUUACCAAUGGUGCACUAGCUUCCUGUCAAGGGAAAGGGAUAACUCACUAGCUGCUGAAGGCUACCUGCAGCACCAAAACAGGAAGGGGCUUGUAUGAAUACUGUAAAAAUAAAUGUAUAUUGAUGAAAAUUACUUGAGCACUUUAUAUACUAAUGGAAUUUGAAGUUUUUUUUUUCUCUCACUCCAUAAGUUGCUUUGUGGUUUUAUACCUUUCGUCACAAUAUAUUGAAUGAAAAUUAUAGACAAUUAUGGUAAUAUUUUUGUAUAGACUAUUGAUAAAUAAAAUUUUGAAAAUG